AUGCCACUACCAACCCUCGCGCUCCGGCACAUGCAAGUGACGCCCAACUACAUGAAAUCCCUCGUCACCGCGCACGACUCCGCGCAGACGGCGUUCAAGGACAAAGCGGCCAACGCCAAGGACGCGGGUGCGACGGAGUUCAAGGUGGAAGUCCGCACGAUAUACGGCAAGACCGCCCUCCUCACCUACGACAACGGCCCGGGGCCCGUCGACGCCGUCCAGGGCAGCCCAACCUGCGGCACCGUCACGCUCGACUCCUUCAUGGGCCCGCUCUUCAACCUCGGUGGCACCACCGCGCUGGGCGACGCCCGCAAGAUCGGGCAGUACGGGGUCGGGGCCAUCACGGGGCCACUCCGGAUCGGCAAGGACGUGCUCGUCGCCACGCGCAGCGCCGACUACCUCUACUGCGCGCUGCUCUCCUCGUCUCUCAUCCUGGAGGAGCAGACCGACGGCAUCCUGCUUCCCUACCUCGUCUACAGCUUCGCCGAGGGCGUGUGGUACGAGAACGUGCCGGGCUCCUCCUUUGGCUUCUUCAACCGCUUCACCGCCUUCGGCACCGACUUCGGCCGCCCCGACCUCGACAAGCUCCUCGAGGUGUGCGUGGAGCUCUUGCCCGAUGUCGGCGGGCUGCUUCACGUCAUCUCCAACCUCGCCGACGAGAUCGAGGUGGGCAAGGAGCGGGGCGACAUCAUGAUGCCCAAGCUGGCGCACGAGUUUGACACCAGCCUCUCGCGCUACCUCUCCUACGCCUUCUACAAGUCCGGCACCGGCGACGACAGCGACUUCAAGAUCACCAUCAAGUCAAGGGCAGCCUCGCACCGCUCCGAGGCGGGCAAGGGGCCGUUCCGCGAGACGAUGCUCAAGUGCAAGAGGACGCUUCCGCCGUACAAGGCGCACGGCACGUGCCCGAACACGCUGCCCAUCGAGGCGGACGUGGUCGUCGGCUUCACCACCAAGGAGAACGUCGGCACGAGCUCCAAUGUCGACGAGCUGCCGAUGGGCCUCUGCAUCUCCAUCAACGGCGUGAUGGUCACGAUGUUCGAGCUACUGCCGAAGCAGGCGAACGGCUUUCGCAGCCACGCCUCGGUUGCCGACAAGGUCCGCACCUACUGGCACGGCCUGGUGGUGCUCGUCAAGCUCAAGCUCGCGGACGACAACAAGCUCGAGGACUACGGCCUGCUCAUCAACCAGCGCAAGGACGGCUUCCAGGAGAACAAGGCGUUCACCAAGCUCAAGGCCGCCAUCCUGUCCAAGGUGCUUCAGCAGUACAUCCCUAACGUCGACUUCGAGCGGCUCGUGCCGACGCCGCUCUUGCUGGCCGGCCCUCGCUUCGGGUCCUCCGAGGAGGCGGUCCGCCACGUCAGCUGCGCCCGGUGGCCGAGCAAUCGGCCUCCCGCGCCGGGGCAGUCUUCCGCGCCCUACAAGAAGGCGGCGCUGGCGAUCCUCGGGCUGGGCGAGUCGUGGACCGAGCAGGACGCCAAGAAGCAAUACCGCUCGCUGUCCUUGCUGCUCCACCCGGACAAGACGACGGCGCCGGGCCCGGCCUCCGCGGCUGCCUUCAUCAAGGCGCUCGCGUCCGCCCUCUCGUACCUCGCCCGCGCAAGGCUCGAGACCAUGCUCACCGACACGGCGAGCGCCGCCAGGGCGGAGAACGAGGUGAACGGCGCCAAGGUGUGGCCGCUCGAGUACCUCCCGAGCAAGACGGCGCCGCCGGUCAACCCCGUCGUCGAGUCGGCGCCUCUCGCCCUUCGCGCCUCGGCGCUGCUCGCGCCGACCGAGCCCGAGCUCGCCCCCUUCCUCCCCUACAUCUUCGGCAAGACGGUCAUCGUGCGGACCAAGGAGGACGCGCACACCUUUCGCCGCUCCAGCAAGGGCAAGGGCGUCAAGAUCGUCGCGCUCGACGGCGAGGUCAUCGACGGCGACGGCGCCUUCGGCGGCCCCAGCCGUGUCUUCACCGCGCAGCAGCAGGGCGCCCGCUUCGCCAUCGGCGCGUAG